AUGGGCGCCAAAUCCCGCCAGUGGAUCGAACGCCAGCUUCCAACUUUCGAAGCUGCUCUGCAACCACUCUUCACGUCGCUGCCCAGCCAGCAGGGGCAACUCAGUCAACACGUGGCGAUGUACGCUUUGCAUCGGGUGUUUGUGGACGAGAGAGGCUGGUUCGUCAACAGUUUGGAGGAGUCGAGCCUUUACAGCCCUGCCACCCUUGCUUCCCUGACAAGUAUUCUUCAGAAUCAGAUUCCAUCCAGAGUUGACCAGGAGUUCCAGGCAUGCUUCCAGGAUGGUGUCGCUCCGAAGGAGCUUGCUGUGUUGGCCGCAACCCUUGACAGUCUAGUGCAUCAGGAAGUGCUGGAACGGGCCAUGGCCGUCUUCAAGUUGAAGAAGCUACCCCUCUUCGGCAGGGUGAGCAUUGAUCAGAUGGAUCAAGUGAUGGAACAGGUCAUGAUGAGCUACAUCCUAGAAGAAGGCGGAUCUGCCUCUGCCAUGGAGGCCUAUAUCUCGGGAAAUCUGAGCAUUGCAGAGAGAUAUCCAAACUGGUCGGAGCUGCAGCGAUUCCUACGAAACAUUGAAGGCGUCGUGCUUCCAGCUAAGUCAACGCAUCUCAAGUUCGAAGACUUGACAGCUGUCAUACAUGAGCUUCAGACGCACUUCGGCCGUUGGCAAGAUGGUGAAUGCCAAGAACAGAUGCGUGAGCUUCACAAGAUGGAUCAAGAAUGCCCCGGGCAUGUGAACCUUCGCGACUUCUAUGCUGCGAACCUGUACAAAGGAAAGUGGCAGUUCAGCGAAACCGCUGACUACCUCCGCGCCUUGGGUGCGCUGGAAGAGAGCCAGCCAGACAGCCCGAGAGUUAUCCUGGCAAAUUAUGUUCAGGGACCGAACAACUGUGUAUCAUCCUCCCGUUACUACUCCCAGUGCUGCUUGAAUCCAUGUUCAAGUCACCUGGCCAAGCUGGAGCAGGCAGUCGGAGGGCCAGAGGUGAGCCCUGAGGUACUCCAAUCGACCAUUGCGAUGGUGUUACCCAGGCCCCAGGCCUCCCCGACUCAACUCUGGGAUCGGCUUCGGAAGAUUGCUCCUGAGGGCAAGGUGGCGCUGCAUGGAUCUUCCUUUGCAGAGUGGCUUCAUCGAGCUUACCCGCGUGACUGCCCAGCCCCGGUGCUCCAUGCUCCGAAGCAAGAGAGGCCAAGGGAGUACACGGCAAGGACAGGGGACCCCACCGACGUCCCGGAGGCUGAGAUGCGGAGCUUCGUGGAAGAGAGUCCGGGGCAUGUCGGGCAGUGUGAUUUGAAGUGGGGGGUUUCUGCAGACAACUCCUGGGAUAAAUUGGAGUCAGAGACGCGCUACACGGGAAGGCGCUUGUUGAACGUAUUGCCCACGACGGAGACAUUCUUCACAUUCUUCACGUGGCCAUGGGCCUCCUUUGCAGCUUUGUUCUCAACGGUCUUGCUGUUUGCACUUUACCCUCGCAGAGGCAAGGAACCGGUCUGUGACUUGCUUGUCACCAGCUACUAG